CGCCCCGGGGCGCUCCCGCACACUGCUGGGGCGCCGGCGGCGGUAGCAGCAGCGCGGGGCUUCGGCAGCACCGCCGCUCCCGCAGCGCCGGGCCGCGGUGCGUAGCCGACCCCGCGGCGGCGAAACUUUUACCUCGCCUCACCUGGCCUCGCGCCGCGGCGGAGCCCCUGCCCGGCUCGGCCUGGAGCGGACGGCGGCCCCACGGACAUCGCCUUCCAGUGAGCGCCGGCAGAGCAGCGGUGCGCUCGUCCCCGCCGCGCCAUGCCGCUGGGACACAUCAUGAGGCUGGACCUGGAGAGAAUCGCCCUGGAGUACGUCGUGCCCUGCUUGCACGACAUCGGCUUCUGCUACCUGGACAACUUCUUGGGGGAGGUGGUGGGGGACUGCGUGCUGGAGCGGGUGAAGCGGAUGCACCGCGACGGGGAACUGGCCGACGGGCAGCUAGCCGGCCCCAGCCGCGGUGUCGCCAAGCGGCACCUCCGCGGCGACCAGAUCAAGUGGAUCGGAGGCACGGAGGAGGGCUGCGAGGCCAUCAACUUUCUUCUCACGCUGAUAGACCGGCUGGUGAUGUACUGCGGGAGCCGGCUCGGCAAGUACUACGUGAAAGAGCGAUCCAAGGCUAUGGUUGCUUGCUAUCCUGGAAAUGGAACUGGGUAUGUUCGUCAUGUGGACAAUCCAAAUGGUGACGGGCGCUGCAUCACCUGUAUUUAUUACCUGAAUAAGAACUGGGACUCCAAGCUGCAUGGUGGAAUUCUUCGAAUAUUUCCAGAAGGAAAGUCCUAUGUAGCAGAUGUUGAGCCAAUUUUUGACCGAUUACUUUUUUUUUGGUCAGAUCGAAGGAACCCACAUGAAGUCCAGCCUUCUUAUGCAACCAGAUAUGCUAUGACUGUGUGGUAUUUUGAUGCUGAAGAAAGAGCAGAAGCCAAAAAGAAGUUCAGGAACUUAACCGAUGCGAGGAAGAGAGAAGCACCUCUUAGUGAAGACUAAUCAUCUGUUGAUGAACUCUUUGUGAGGAAAUAAGAUCCCAAAGAUGACUUCCAUUUCCAGCAAAUAAGGGCAAAACAUUUUUAUGCACAAGAAUGCACUGGUUGUGUCUAGCACAUGCAUCUUAUGCUGAUGGUACUUAAGGCAGCCUCCUGUCAUGCUGCAUCUGGUAGAAGAAAGACUUGUUUGCUCUUUGCCUUUUGCUGGAAAAAAUAACCAGGGUUAAAAAAAAAAAAAGAGUAUGUGAUACUCAAGCCUAGUGGUAGUGACUCAGCCAAUUGGCUUUUGAUCACUCUUGUAAGAUAAUGGUCAUUGGAACUAGUGGUAAAAAACUGAGUCUUAUUUGCACUUUAUGGGGAGAAAAAGUUCUAGUUCAAUGGGAAAUGAAAUCGGAUAUUUGUAGAGCAUUUUACGGUCUAUCCCAAAUGGACCUGUUGAUGUACUGUUCAUCAUUUUGCUGCGCAGAACAUUGGUUCAGCUCUUCAGAAACAUGACUUCCCAGAUGUUUGUCUACACAGUCAUCACAUUUUCUGGAUUUUGUUUGCUCUUCUAGAGGCACAUUCCAGCUCUGCAGCUGUACUGCCCUUUAUGUCCCAGGACCGAGGGGAAAGUAGUUAUAUAUCUGUUCACAACUUCAUAAAACCAUUUUUUUUUUCUGUUUUGAGCAGGUUGGGUUGUAUGUUUUCUAUUUUCACAGUUUGGUAAAGCAGCUGUUUUCUCCCAAAAGUCUGGUAAACUUGGAAGGCUUAUGGGUACACAAUGCAUGGGCCCUUAAGGCCAGUGAUAUGUAGAGAAGUGUUUGCUUUGUGAUUUCUCCAUCAGCUGUGUUCUGUGAGACAUAGAUAUGAAUCUGAAAGAGAAAGAUAUGUCUGGCAGUCUGACAAAUAUAUGAUAAAUAAUGGGUAACUUAGACUUGAUUUUUAUGCUGCAUAUUCUUAGUGAACACACUUGUUUAAUUUUGCAUGCGUAUGUAAUUUGAAUGAAACUGCAAUUCCGAUUCAAUUGAUCUGUGAUGCCAGGUAACUACUACUGCUGUGCCCAAGCUGUGAGAUCAGAGUUAUUCAAUGGCAAAACACACACUUUUUUUCUCUAUUUUUUUUUAACUUAUUAGACUCAAUGAGUAACUGGUGACCUAUUCCUAAUAUGUCUAAACUUCUACAACCAGCACUUACUAUGCAGUUCAGAAUAGCUCUUAACGAAGCUGGGAUCUGGCAGUGGAUGUAUUUAUCACACUAAUUGUUCUCAGCUUAAUACACUCACUUGCAUUCAUUUUUAUCUCAUGCUGUCAGUGUGUGUCAGACCCUAUUAAAUGUUCCAAAUAGAUGCCCCCUUCAGUGGCAGUGCCACCUGCCUAUGGUGGUGAAGGUGGUGUGUCUGAACCGCCGGCCCUGCUCCGCUUCCCCACGCUCUGCUGGGUUGUCCUGCUGUGAUGGGGCCGCACUUGAGCUAGGGAAUGGAAAAGUAGUGUGCAUUGGCAACUAUUAAAUGUCAGUGACAGCAAGGUAAUAGCUGCAUAGGACAGAAAAGAAGUAACUUUCAUGACAUAAAAAAUGAUAAUAGAAAAUGGAGUAUUUUUAAAGCAGUUUUGUUCUUAAAGAAAAGCUGAGCAUCCUUCAGCCUGCCCAUGAAUGCUGAAUGUAACCCCUUAUUCUCUUUGGAAUCUCCCAGAGAUCCAGCUAUGGUCUUAUAGGCCUGACCACUGUGCACCCUAAGAGAGGAAUAUGAGGGAACAUGUGUGACUAAUAUUCUUACAAUUCAAGACUAGAAAAAGACAAGGAAUAUGAUAAAUGUCUUUUAAUGUUAGGAAAAACAUUAUUCUACUAUGGUUGCUUCUAAGUAACACCAGAGACUUGAAGUGGUAACUUGAAAUUCUCAUUCUGAAAUGUUCAUGUGGGAGGCGAAAGAGUUUGGGCUCUUCCUUGAGAAUGAGAGGUAACCCUUUGAAAUGUAAGAGGUGUUGGAAAAGAUGGCAUUACUAUUUAGAGAAGAUGAUAGAAUAAAACUUGUUGUAUUAGUAUGCAAAGUUGAUAAUGGCACAUAAAUUUGAAACUCCGGCAUGAUUUUAAAAGGAGAAAAAUCAGAUAAAUCAGAGCAGAGCAAAUAUUGCUUUGCCUCUUGAAACUGUAACCUUAAAAAUGAACUAGAAAGCAUUGUUAGUACACAUCUUACUGGAGCCUGGAACAGUGGAAAACCAAUGUGGUGGAAGGGGAAAAGCUUUGUGUAAGGGCUGGAAAAGGAAGGUACUUCAGUUAUCACUGUUGCUACCACCAGGUUUCUGCAGUGGUCAGCAAUACGUGUGGUGAAUGGAGCAUGGAGCAGUAUAGUUGCAUUUAUUGUAAAUAAAUACAUAUUUUCUUUUUUGUGAAUAUCUUCCUCAUCUAUAUUGCAUAUAUAGAAGACAGAGCAAUUAUUCUGUGGCAGGGAGUGUUGUCUUUAUUAACACUUGUAAUCAAGUGCAAAAAAGGUUGGGGGCUUGAGAGCUUGAAACCAAUCCCUCAGUCCUCUGUUUCAAUCUCUACUCCAUUUCCAGUGGGACGAUCCCCUUGAAGAAGCUGUAGUUUAACUGGGAGUAGGGUGUUAAGGGGGUGUUGGUCAUGUGUGACAUACACAUGGGGAGGGUAUUUCAAAGAGGCUUUUUCCUUGUGUUUUGUCUUCAUAGCAAACUGGUUGAAUAAAAUGGCUAAACAGCACUUGUCAGCCAGUUGUGAAAAGGAAUGCUAAGGUAUUUAACUUUGAAUCUUCCAAAAUUCUGGUGUUUUUUUUUUUUUUUUUUAAUCUUUAGGUAAUGUGCCUUCAUUAUUCAUAUCUGUGAAGAUGUUUCAUGCUGCACGUACAUAUCAUGUCAUGCAAGUUUUUGAUGACUCUAAAAAACAUGGUUGCCUUUUCAAUUGCAUGGGAAAAAUGUGCAGAGCCACUGCAAUUUUCAGCAGGAGGUUGUUGUUGUGCAGGGAGGAAAAAAGGCCAGGAGACAGUGCUGAAAAUCAAGAGACUGUUUUUAUUCUUAAACCUGUGAGCACUGGCCUUUUGAGCAAAGUAGCCUCUAAUAAAUCUUUUUCUCUAGAUUACUUCUGGUUCUAUGAAGAAUGACUUCUACAAAAUAGUGUCUUUUUUCCCCUUCUAUUUUUAAACAGUUUUAGUCCUGUGUGUUUUUUUAAAUGUUGGAAUGUAUUAUAUGUAUUUCUUGUUGCAAAAUAGCUGGCUCUAACACCACUUGCAUCUAGAAGAAAAUGUGUCUAUUUGCAGGCAAAUGACUAGUUCUACUUUGACUGUGAUGUACUCCCAGCAGAUAUCUGAGAGUGAGUUAUGACUACAUCUUCUCUUGUCAGGUUGUAUGCUGGUCAACAAUGCUGGCACUUUGCAUUGGAUUCAUAUAGAAACCCCUAGUAGUAUUUUACCACACAUCACAUUUUGUGUUCCUGUUACUAUUAAAAAAAAUGUUGCAGGAGUCAAUAAACACUGGGUCAUGUUAAACAC